AUGCUCGAGGAGGACUUGCAAGAACUCGGAGUUUUCGAGUUACGGGUGCCCUACGGUGAACUCAGUAUCCAGAAGCUUUUCCGUAGCAUCUAUGACCUACCGGCGGUCAAAAAAGAAUCCGCCAACGACCUGUAUGAUUUUGUGGACGAGUUUCAGCGGCACGUGAAGGCCCUCGCCAAGCUAAAUAAACCCCAUCGCCCACUGGGACACCCCCUGGUGAAUAUCCUCUCCUACAAACUUGAUCCAGCUUCUCUUCGUGCAUGGGAGGAGAAGACCAGCCAGGAUGAUGACGUCAAAUUCAACGAUUUAGUUGAGUUUUUGUACCAGCGUGUGAGCAUCCUGAAGUCCGUAGCAUCUGAUAUGUCCCAUCGUUCCCAGCUCGGUCAAGCAAAGGUGGCCAGCACUUUUUUGCCUCCAAAAAAGCAGCUUUCGUCCAAGUUCACCACCACUGCGGUAUCAUCCGAUAGUAAAUUAAACGUUCCGUCAUGUUUCGCUUGCUUCGAACGGCACUUUCUAUUCCAGUGCCAAACAUUCUCCAAGAUGCCCGUCAGCCAAAGAAGAGAGCUGAUAUCCCAAAGGAAACUUUGUUGGAAUUGUUUCCGAACCGGUCACCAUGCUAGAAGCUGCUCAUCUAAGUUUUCCUGUCGAACGUGUCGCGAUCGCCACCAUACGUUGCUGCAUGAUCCCAUCCAGACUGUUAAGUCUCUGCUGCUCCUGCCGUGA